AUGUCGGUCCCAACGCCUCUGUCAUAUACAUACAAGACGUUCGUCAACACCGACGGCCAACAAACCUCCAUCCCCGUCGAUGUCUACCUUCCCGAGAAUCGCGGUCAGACCAAGCUGACACCCGUCGUCUGGGUGCACACGGGCGGAUUCUUGCAGGGAACGCGCAAGUUCGUACCUCCACACUUUCUGAGAGCACUUGCAAAGCACAACUUGGCCCUCGUAGCGCCAGACUUCCGCCUUUGUCCACAAGUAUCGAUCCUAGAGGUGCUUGAGGACGUGGCGGACAGUAUUCGAUGGACCCUAGACCCCGAAGCGCGCGCUGCUUCCGGUUUCAAGUCAGAAGAUGUCUCUUCUGACAAGUAUAUCCUUGGUGGGUCAAGCGCUGGUGGAUGGCCUGCACUGCUUCUUGGUCUAGGGCUGCACAAAGAGGCAACGCGCAUUCCUCAACUUCCUAGCGCCGUCUUUGCCAUCUACGCCAUCACCACCGUCACCAAGGAGCUAGCGCCGUUCUUCUUCGAGCCUCAAAGGCCUCUGUCGUGGGCUGUUGAUGGCAAGCUCAUUGAGAAGGAGCCGCUCGAGAGGGAGGGUCACCUUCACAAGUGCCUCGAUGCUCAACAUCAACUGCUCAAAUCUUCCUCGAUCAAGGUGCGCACCGAGGCACCUCCUGCCAGCAACCCGACUCGGGCGGCACUCUACAACUUCGCUCGGCAGGAAGGUAUCUAUCCCAGCCUUAUCCUGCAAGACGCCUCAGAGUCGGGGCUGAUUUGCACAGCCACGUUGAUCAAGACCGCGUCCAAACGAGUAACGCCGCCGGUGCUGAUCGCAUACGGCGAUUCUGACCCCAAAGUGCCGCACUCGCAGUCGUUACACGUCGUUGAUGCGCUCAGGUCGGUCGGCUACGACGACAGGUCGCUGCUCGUAAUCGAGGAAAAGGGUGCUGAUCAUCUCUUUGACAUGGAGCCAGAGAAGGAGAUCGAGGGUAUGUGGGACUGGCUGGCCACGCAGCUAUGA